CCGUUAAUGGUAAUAACUCAAAAAGUAAUUGGGUUGGCUUACAAUAUCCACGAUGGAUUUUCAAGAUUAGAAAAAGAUUUAACGCCCCUACAACGGCACCAGGCAGUUAAAAUAAUGCCAACAACAUUGGAAUACUUUAGUUACAUAUUCCACUUUCAAGCAUUGAUGGCCGGCCCGGUAAUAUUUUACCGUGACUACAUAGAUUUUAUCCAGGGAACGAAGUUGAAAGGAGCUAAAUCAUUUUCCGGAUUUUAUGAUGAUUCAUCUAAAGAGCCAGAAGAAAUCGUGCUAGAACCGUCGCCCACGAAAGCGGUGAUAAAGAAAAUAACGGCAAGUCUGACAUUCGCUGUACUGUUCGUGUCAUUCAGUUCACUGUACCCAAUCCAGCGAGUGAAAGAGCAAGACUUCCUUGAAAACACAACUUGCGCUUACAAAAUAUGGUACCUGAUGAAUUCAAUGAUCUUCAUACGUUGCAAGUAUUACUACGCGUGGCUGUUUGCCGACGCGAUAUGCAACAACUCGGGAAUGGGAUACAAUGGACGAGAUGAAGACGGCAAUGAUCGCUGGGACUUGAUCUCCAAUGUAGAUCCCAUUAAAUUCGAGCUUUCGUUAAGUUUGAAAGAUGCGAUCUCUGCCUGGAAUAUCGGGACCAAUAGAUGGUUAAGGAUGAUCGUUUAUGAUAGAAAUGGACCAUUUAAAGUAUUUGCAACCAAUGGUUUGUCUGCCCUCUGGCAUGGAUUUUACCCUGGUUACUACCUCACCUUUGCUACUGGAGCACUCUUUACAUACGCCGCUCGUGCCGUAAGUUUGUAG